ACAAAGCAUCUCCAGCAGUUGCGCAUUAAUAAUCUUGCAGCUCCCAAACAAAGUGGGCACUUACGCAAUCACUACCCCCCACCAACUAAUAAAAAAGGGCCAUGAACUUUGCUGGCAAAGUGGUGCUUAUCACCGGCGCUUCCUCAGGUAUUGGAGCGGCAACUGCAAUCAAAUUUGCCAAAUACGGUGCCUGUUUGGCUCUCAACGGACGCAAUGUAGAGAAUCUGAAGAAGGUGGCAGCCCAGUGUGGUGAAGCCGGCAGUUCACCUGCUCUGGUGGUUGGCGAUGUGAGCAAGGAGGCGGACACAGCACGCAUAUGGAGCGAAACGCUGGACAAAUAUGGUAAACUGGAUGUGCUGGUAAACAAUGCAGGCAUCAUUGAGACGGGCAGCAUUGAGAAUACCAGUCUAGAGCAAUACGAUCGCGUUAUGGCAACCAAUUUGCGUUCCAUUUAUCAGCUAACAAUGCUCGCCACUCCAGAGCUGGUGAAGAGCAAAGGCAACAUUGUGAAUGUGUCCAGUGUGAAUGGCAUUCGUUCCUUUCCCGGCGUGCUCGCCUACAACAUUUCCAAAAUGGGCGUGGAUCAAUUAACUCGUUGCGUGGCUUUAGAAUUGGCCGCCAAGGGUGUGCGUGCCAAUUGCGUAAAUCCUGGCGUUACAGUCACAAAUCUGCAUACACGCGGCGGUAUGGAUGCGGAAACGUACAAAAAAUUCUUGGAGCACUCGAAGACGACACAUGCUCUUGGGAGGCCCGGCACUGUGGAUGAGGUAGCCAAUGCCAUAACCUUCUUGGCCAGUGAUUUAGCCUCCUUCACCACUGGACUCAGUUUGGCCGUCGACGGUGGUCGCCAUGCGAUGUGCCCACGAUAAGGUAGUAACUAUAUCUACAAACAAAACUGCAUUUAUUUGGUGUUAAUGGGAUUCGAGGAAUAAAAUUGACAUCCAUUUGUUUCACAUCUAAAUAGUACCGAAA